GGAUCUGAAUUCUGUCCAGCAGCUUGAUGAGAAUAAUUGUAAGAAUUACUAUCGCUGUGCUCGACGUCAGCGCCUCUCACUGCCAGCACGUCCAUAUUGGUACUAGUUGACUAGCACCUGCUGUCUGUUCAGCGAACCACUAGUCAAUGAUGUCCAGCCUAAGAUUGUGGUGGACAUGGAUGUGGACUUGCCUUCAUGUGCUCAAGCUCGUGACCCCACUCCGCGCAGCACCCACAGACAUUCCUCCGGCAGCAUCUUUCUACGUACCCCAGCUCCCAGGGCUUCAGCAGGAUUCCGAGCACCCGCUGCACGUUUAUGCCGGACACAUCGUUUCAGACCCGAACGUAGCUACAGCAAGUCCUAACGAUGUCCUUGCGCACCUCUUCUUCGUGAUGGUCAAGGCUCGGAGAUCUGCUGACAAGGAGAGGCUAAUGUUUUGGUUCAACGGUGGACCGGGAUGCUCCUCUUUUGACGGCUUGAUGAUGGAGAUUGGACCUUGGAGGAUGGAUGACCGAGGACUGCCAAAAACAGUAGAUGGGGGUUGGGAAGAGUACAUGACUAUUGUCUAUGUCGACCAGCCUGCAGGUACAGGCUUAUCAUAUACCAGUACAGAACAUUAUGUUCACACACUAGAAGAGGCUACUGAACAGCUCAUUCAGUUCCUCCGCACGUUUUAUCAGGUCUUCCCAGAAUAUCGCACGACAGAUACGUACCUUGGAGGCGAGAGCUUCGCAGGGCAAUAUAUCCCAUACUUUGCCAGUGGGAUCCUGGAUUCGAAUUUGAACCUUCCACUUAAAGGUGUCGCAAUUGGGAAUGGAUGGAUAGAUGCCCGAAAUCAAUACCCGGCCUAUAUCGAGUAUGCAGUCGCUCGUGGACUGGUGGAUCUUUCCUCAGAACACUACAGAAACAGUAAAAAGAGAACGGAUGAAUGCAUGGUCGAGCUUAAUCGUAUUACUAACUUGGAACCUAUCAACGUCGAUCAAUGCGAGGGUCUUCUUUCAUAUGUUCUCCAACCCGGACGUCAUGCUGUCAACGGAGUAGAGAAGUGUACGAAUGUUUACGACGUCCGUUUAGAAGACGACGAGCCCUACUGUGGCAUGCAAUGGCCUCCAGAACUCGCGAACACUACCGCUUAUCUUGGCCGUCAGGAUGUCGUGAGGGCGUUUCAUGCCACGUCCAAGCCCGAGAGUUGGGUCGAAUGUGGUAGUCAGGCUGGGAGACAAUUCAAUGCCAAGUUGUCUACGUCGGCUAUCACACUCCUCCCUGGCUUACUUGAGAGGAUCCCGGUCCUCUUGUUCGCGGGAGAUCAGGAUUUCAUUUGCAACUAUAUGGGAAUCGAGAGUAUGAUCAAGUCUAUGACGUGGAAUGGUGAAAAAGGCUUAGGGAAGGUCCAGACCAAGUUAUGGACUGUGGACGAACAGCCAGCGGGCACGUGGGUGUCCUCGAGGAACCUUACAUAUGCUAAGAUAUUUAAUGCUUCCCACAUGGCGCCGUAUGACGUACCGGACGUUACACACGAUAUGAUACUUCGCUUCGUGGAUAUGAAUUUUUCGGCUAUCGUAGAUGGUUCAGCACGCAUCCCAAGUAGUGUUGGUGAUGAGUCCAAGCCCCUCUUCCUUGAAGACACUUUCCCAAGCAGCAUUCCUGUCAAGUCUCCUGAGGAGAUCAAAGCACAGUGGGAAGCUUACUACAAUGCGGGUUCCGCCGUUCUAAUAUUGCUCCUCAUUGCCGUUGCAAUUGGGGUUUGUAUAUGGUGUCGUCUCCGCCGGCGACCCAUCCAGCUUCUCCGACAGACCUCCAAUAGAGCAUCAGAAGAGAACAUUCCACUGACCCGCACUCUUGACCCUGACAGCGAGGAGGUUCUUCAUCGAAAUUUUAAAGGCAAAGAGCGGGCAACUGAGGACGAGGAAGUUGGCACUGCUAUUUUUGAUGUUGGAGAUGAUGAGGACUACCACACUGAUAAUAGUCAUCACCGCUAACUUCGACUCUAUCUGUAGACUUUGCCUGUGGACACUAGUGCAGAAUCUCAAUCUGAGCCUUGUACAACGAAUCUCCAUUGUAGAGCUCGACGGUCGUUGCUCCCGCUUUACCUACAUACUGGCCAAACACGUGUGAAACAGGCU